AUGACAGAAAAAAACCAAACCUUUGUGACUGAGUUUAUCCUCACGGGACUCACAGAUCAGCCCACCCUAAAGGCUGCACUGUUCCUACUGUUCCUUGUCAUCUACCUUGUGACCAUGGUGGGCAAUCUCGGGCUGAUUGUUCUCAUUUGGAAGGACUGUCACCUUCACACCCCUAUGUACUUAUUCCUCAGCAGUUUAGCCUUUGCUAACUCAUGCACUUCGUCCUCUCUGACUCCCAAAAUGCUUAUCAACUUUUUAUCUACGAAUCACACGAUAUCCCUUGUUGAGUGUUUUGCUCAGUUUUACUUCAUGGGUUCCAGUGCAACUACAGAAUGUUUUCUGCUGUCUGUGAUGGCCUAUGACCGCUAUGUGGCCAUAUGCAAGCCCUUGCUUUAUCCAGUGCUGAUGUCUAAUAGACUCUGUACUCAGUUUAUAGCUGUAAUAUACUUACUUGGUGUUCUGCACCUGGCAAUUCAUUUGGGUUUGUUAUUUAGACUGACUUUCUGCAGAUCAAACAUUAUACAAUACUAUUAUUGUGAAAUUUUGCAACUUUUCAGCAUUUCUUGCAUUGAUCCUUCAAUUAACAUGUUUGUGCUUUUAGUAUUUUCAAUUUCUAUACAAGCCUUCACCUUUGUAACCAUCAUGGUCUCAUAUGUCCGUGUCCUCUUUGCCAUCGUGAGAAAGAAGUCUGAGAAGGGCAGAAGCAAGGCCUUCUCUACCUGCAGUGCCCACCUGCUCUCUGUUUCCUUAUUCUAUGGAACUCUUUUUCUCAUCUAUGUUUGCCCUGGGUCUGGACCAGUUGGAGACAAAGAGAAGAUGCUUUCUUUAUUUUAUACAGUAAUAAUUCCACUACUUAAUCCAUUUGUUUACAGCCUCAGGAACAAAGAAGUUAUAGGUGCCUUUAGAAGAGUAGUAAGAAAAUAA